GAUACCAACAUGAAUCAUCAACCUAUCGAAGACCACAUGAUGCUUUUUUCCCAGCUCUACCCUGAUGCAUUAACUCAAAUAACUCGUCAACAAGGGGUGAAAAAGCCACGACGCAGCCGAAGUAAAAAGAAUAAAAGAGGAGAAAAUGGGGCUGUGGGCGCCAUCAAGAAGAGAAAGCUCACUUUAGAGCAAGCUAAUAUUCUUGAGCAAAACUUCGGCAGUGAGCAUAAACUUGAGUCUAAAAGGAAGGACCGGCUCGCAUUGGAGCUUGGUUUGGAUCCUCAACAAGUUGCAGUGUGGUUUCAAAAUAAAAGAUCUCGUUGGAAGAACAAAAAAUUGGAGGAAGAGUACUCUAAUCUCAAAAAUGCCCAUGAAACAACCACGCUCGAGAAAUGCCACCUUGAGACUGAGGUGCUGAAGCUCGAGGAGCAGCUUUUGGAGGCAAAGAAGGAGAUUCAACGGCUACUAGAUUGUGCUAAUAGAGCUCCAAGCAACAGCUUCAGUUCCUCACAGACACAGUCAAAGGAAGCUGUGAACCCACCAUUUCUUGGGGAGUUUAGGGUGGAAGAAUAUGAUGAUGGUGAUAUGUUUUACAUUCCAGAGAUCCCUUACAUCAAUGGCAUGGAAUGGAUUAAUUAUAUGUCCAUGUGA